AUACUGAUCAACAGCUCCAUAAAACACUCCCUUCAAAAAAAUGUGUCAUUGUUAAAUAAGCAUCUCUUAUCAUCGUAUGACUAUUUAUUAGACGGUGUUAGUUUAACAUACUUAAAAUAACGUACUUGAAAAUGUGCGUAACGUUAGGUUUCAACGUUUAAGUGUCAGCACUGGAACCACACUCCAAUGCUAAGGCGAGCUAGCAAACAAAGUACCGUCGCGCGGUGUCGUUAGCUUGUGCGUAGAGACUUCCGGGUAGCGUUAGAUUUCGUUUUCACCCUUUAAAUUAUCUUAAAGCCCAAAUUUCAAGCACGUAAACAAAGUCCAGGUUUAUUGGUGGAUCGGGAAAGACGACGAGCGCUACCUGCUGUACAGGAAAGGAGAGUCAGGCCACGAUACGUGUUACUGUGUAAUGCAGAAAUGACCACUGAUCAGGAUUUACUUAUGGAUGCCCCGUCAGCCACAGCCAUAUUUGCGGCGAAGGGCAUUGAUAUAACACCCCACAAAGACCAAGGAGUCCUCAAGGUUGUAAAACGUCCAGGUUUAGAUGGACACCGACCGAUGAUUGGGGACCGAGUGACUGUACACUACACUGGAAAGCUGCUCACAGGGAAGAAGUUUGACUGCAGUCGAGAUCGUAGAGAACCUUUUAGCUUCAAUUUGGGAAAAGGACAAGUCCUAAAGGCGUGGGACAUCAGUGUGCUGUCUAUGAGGGAAGGAGAGCUGUGCACGUUACUGUGUAAACCAGAAUACACUUAUGGAUCUGCUGGAAGUCCCAACAAAAUUCCUCCCAACUCCCUCGUAGUGUUUGAGAUGGAGCUGCUCAAGUUCGAAGGAGAGACGCUCACAGAUGAUGGCGGCAUCGUUAGAAGAAUAAAGGUCAAAGGGGAGGGAUACACAAAUCCCAAUGACGGAGCAACUGUAGAAGUGCACCUGGAGGGGAGCUGUGAUGGUCGACUGUUUGACUGCAGGGACGUCACCUUUGUUGUCGGUGAGGCUGAAGAUAAAGGCAUCCCUCUGGGAGUCGACCGAGCCAUGGACAAGAUGCAGAGAGGAGAGUGCUGUGUGCUUUACUUAAAACCAAAGUAUGGAUUUGGAAGCGAAGGUAAAUCAGAGUACAAAGUUGGACCAGACAAAGAUAUUGUUUACGAAGUUUCCCUCAAAGACUUUCAAAGGGCUAAAGAAUCCUGGGAAAUGGAUUUGAUUGAAAAGCUGGAUUUGUCUUCUGGAGUAAAGCAUAAAGGGAAUCAGUAUUUUAAGGCUGGGAGGUACUUCCAGGCAGUCAUCCAGUACCAGCGCAUUGUUACCUGGCUGGAGAUGGAGUGUGGUACUGGGAUGGAUCAGCAGAAGAAGAUAAAAGAGGUUAUUGUGACGGCCCACCUUAAUUUAGCAUUGUGUUUCCUGCGGAUAAAGGAGUUCUCAGUAGUAGUGGAGAACUGCAACAAGGUGAUUGAGAUUGAAGAGCACAACGAGAAAGCUCUGUAUCGUCGUGGGGAGGCACGUCUCCACCGCAAUGAGUUCACCCACGCUUUGGCAGACUUUCAGCUGGUGCUUCAAGUCAACCCCUCGAAUCGAGCAGCUCGUGCUCAAAUUUCCAUCUGUCAGAGCAAGAUCAAGGAACAUCACGAACAGGACAAGAAGACCUACGCUAACAUGUUCCAGAAAUUUGCUGAGCGGGACGCCAAGACCGGGAAACCGAAGAGGAGGCGGGAUGAGAGCACGAGGAGCAGCAUGAACGGAGAAGUGGGAAUCAAACGACGGCGGAGUAGUCAGGACUGCCCGUCGUAGGAGUGACACUUGAAAGGGGGAAAAAGAAAGACAAGCCUCCUUUUGCUUUCCAAGCGCAGGCACCAGAGGCAAGGACAAGUCAUAUAAAAGCCUCUAAUCCAAACCAUUUUAUCCCAAAAUCCAGCGUCACCAUUCCUGCAUAUAUAACAGAGUGCAAGCAGGAACAUUUCCAAGCCAAACAGUGUCUCUCCUGUCACAUGGACUCUGCUACUGCCAGGACGCUCCUCCCUGUGGAUUUAGUACAACAGAAUCAUUGAAUAAAGAUUUGGUGAACUCUUCUAGCCCGUUUAAGAUACAUAAGGUUUCUCCAAAAAGACAGAGGAGUUCCACUUCCCUUGUCAUUGGGCUGUGUAGAGCUGAGACGUGCCUCCACAGUGUUUCUAAUUCCAAAACUGCACUGUCAGACUUAUAUUUGCUAUUAAGCCUUUUCCUGGGCAGCUGCAUGCAUUUGUCACAAGAUGUUUGGGAUUCAGACUUGAAACUUUGCAAUUUUUUUUUUUUUAUGUGCACUAUGUACUUUGGAUAUAAGGUGUUAAGACAUCCUGAUAGCUCACUGAUGUUUUAAAGGAAAACACAAUCAAUUCUAAGAUGUAAGAAAAGUAAAUGACCCUCAAUAUUUUGCUUUGACAUUCAAACAAGCCUGAAAUCAUUAAAUGAUGGGAAAUCCAGAAAUAAGAUAAAUCAAGAAUUUACAAACAGUGAAAUCUCCUUCACACAAUAACUGAAAAGUUCCUCCUCAUGUUUCCAAUCAGCAAACAACAGAAGCAGAGAGGAGAAACUGAAAAAGCACAAACUACAAAUACUAAUUCAUAACACAAUACAAAUCUACAACGUGCAUAUUUACUGUGUUUAGUAAGCGACUACCUAUAAAGGCAAAAUAGUUUUUGAAUGCCUAUAACAGAACUGCUUUGAUAGAAAGAUUAUUUCCAGAAACACAAUUCGAAUUUAUCCAUUUGUUUUUGGGGCAAGGACGAGGCAUCGUUUUUGGUUUGAGUUAGACCAUGGAUGUGCAUGUACUUAAGUCAAUUAUUCAUGAAUACAUGCAUGAUGGGCCAUUAUUGAUUUGUUGUAAUGUUAUAUUUUGUCUUUAAAACACCGAAGGCAAUAUAAACAGUUUUCAAAUAAAAGACCCGUCUGGUAUUAACAGCAGAUUAUAGACAUCUAUGGGCAUGAUAACAGAGAAGCAAAUCAUAAUCUCUAUGGACUGAUUUAAACCGGAGGCAGCUUUAACACCGUUUCAUGAAACUGUCACUGUUAGUGAUCAGUGACUCAAAGGUUUCUUCUUCUGUUGCACUCAUCCUGCGCUGAUCUAUCGACUAACUGCACAGCAAUGAUUGUCAGCUCACACACACACUUUUAAUCACACAAGUGAACGCAUGCUGCAUCACCUCUACUGUCAGAAAAUGUAUCAUCAGAUUCAAACUUACCUCAGAGAGAAGGCAUUUGAUCAUAAUAUCAGCCCCGGCAGACGGGAGACGGACACACAAACCACAACUGAGCUUUAAAAUCCUUAGAACCACAGUUUUCUUUCAGUCUUUCAUGAUUUUCUUUCAACUCUGGUAACGUGAUCAACUCCAUAAUUUUACAUUGGUGCUGUUCUUUUGUUUUUUUUUUGCCUCAGUCCCAGAAAAGGUGUCUCUUGAUUUCACUGCAUCUAUUUUGUGUUUUUCAUUUUUUUAAUGUGUGAAUGUCAGUGGAUAGUGGACAGUGAUGCACUUUGGUGACUGUAAAACCAACACUUAUCUUUCAUGAAAAUGUCUGGAUCAAAUCCAGACAAAAAUCUCAAGAUGUUUUAUAAUGAUCGGUUGGUUCAGAAUGAAAACCUUAGCUGUCUUAAAUAUUUUUUGUAAAAUGUUAACCGUGUGUAUGUGUGUGUGUUUAAUAUAUAUUGUUGUAUGUUGGCAAGGUUUUUAAACAGCUUGUUGCUAAAUGUUUUCAAGUACUGCUGGCUCUGAACAUUCAACCAUUUUGUACAGUGGAAAUGAGCAUGAAGUACUUUUUUCCUUAGGCGAUUACAUAGAAUAUUUAUCCCCCUCUGUCGACUGCAGAUAGAUUUACAGGCCUCUUACUGCUAAUUUCAUCACUUUGUAAAUUUCAGGAAUAUUUUUGGGGAGCUUUGACAACAAAAAGCAGGAUAACAUGCAGGGUUAAACUGCAGCCUGACUGAUGUGAGCUUGGUUUUAUUAGAAAGUGAAGUGUUACUGUUUGUCAUAUCAAAUGUUUUAAAUAUAUUCAAAAGAUCAUUGCCCUGUACAGCAAAGUGUGAUCAUUGUUUUAAACCAGCAUAUAUGCAAAAGAAAUAUUUUCAGACAAAAA